AUGACCUUGGUACAACACCUCAAGGUCUGGCUACGGCACCUGAAGAAGCUUGGAGGAUUGAUCGCACCACCGCCACCACAAUCAGAGGAUGGACGUGAUCAAUGGCCGUCGAGGGCUGCGUUCCUCCUCGCUGCCAUGGGCGGUUGCGCCGGCCAGGGCAAUCUGCUGCGAUACCCCUCCGUUGUCUACAACAAUUACGGGCUACAAUGGUUCAUUCCAUAUCUCAUCGCCGUCUUCCUAAUUGCCGUUCCAGCCCUCAUCCUAGAGGUCUCCAUUGGUCAGGCCUACCGAGGUGGGACAGUCAUUGCGUUUAAUAACGUCAACAGAAGACUAAAGGGCGUCGGCAUGGGCCCGGUCUUCGUCAGUUUUAUCGUCGUCCAGUACUUCACUGUGAAUUUGGCCUGGAUAAUGACCUAUUUCCGACACUCGUUCACGAGCCCCCUGCCGUGGGAGGGCCAGAUCACGGACUUCUACAUGGGCAAGGUUAUCGCCAACCCCGACCCCAUCCCUGGGAACCUGACGGACGGGAAUGCUGCAGUCGCUGAUUACACCAAGUACACCGGUGUGCGUUUACUGGGCGAGACGGUAGGCUGGAGCGCCUUCGUCUGGUUCCUGAUCUGGUUUUCUAUCUUCCGCGGCGUCGGCAUGACAGGCCGAGUCGUGUACUUCACAAUGGGCUUGCCCAUCAUCACCACGAUCAUCUUCGUCGGCCGCGCAGUGUCUCUCGACAACGCUAGUGCCGGCAUCAAGCUCCUUUGGGCUACCUGGAGGGGUGACCAGCUGGCCUCUGGCACGGUGUGGCAGACUGCUGUCGGGCAGGUCUUCUUCUCAACCGGGAUCGGCUUCGGUUAUUUCACCUCCUAUGCCUCAUACAAUGCCAAGUAUUCCAAUGCGGUGAUGGACGCUAUCCUGAUUUGCAGCAGCAAUGUCCUCUUCGAGAACGUCGCCGCCUUUGCUAUCUUUGGCGUGGUGGGCUUCCUUGAGCUGUGGCCAGAACCCGGCGAGCGGCUAGGGGCUUUUGUUGUAGGCUUCUUAACGCUUCCAGAAGCUGUGAUUCAGAUGCAGGGCGCCAACUUCUGGGCUGCCCUGCUCUUUUUCACCCUCAUAGUACUCGGCUUCAGUUCGGCGUUUGUCAUGCUGGAUGUCGUAGCGACACUCAUCAUUGAUUCGGGGUUCAAAGUCUCGAGGCCCGUCGUCACCACUGCAUUAACACUGAUCUCAUUCCUGAUGUGCUUGCCCUACUGCACCGAAUUCGGCUUCUACCUCCUUGACGGCAUCGACCGAUGGGUCAACAACGUUGCGUUGAUCUUUGUGGUCUGGUCCGAGGUCGUCAGCUCGACCACCGUAUACCGCUGGCAAGAUGUGGUCAGUCAGACUGGCCUGCCUGCUUUUAUCGUUUAUAAUACGGGAUACAUCGGAGGGCAAAUCAUUGGAGUCUCUGUUGCGCAUGGUACGGGCAUCCCGGCGGCCGGUGCAGGAGCUGGCUUUGGGUUCUAUAUUGCUUGCUGUCUGGCAGCAGUCUUGAUUGCGAAAACUCCAGACUCUGCCGCCGCUGGCUUCUGGAAGGCGAAUGUCUUUACGAGCCGGUUUUGGUAUUUGGCUUUCUAUUCGGGCAACCAACUGCGACGCGACCUCAACCUGGUCGUCGGCCGCGGCAAGAAUUGGAAGAUACCCGUCUUCUGGCCGGUCCUACUCCGAUAUAUCAGCGGCCCCGUACUGUCCAUUAUCUUCAGCUUUGCCUAUCCCGAGUUCUAUACUCUGCGGUAUGACCCAAUGAUGAUUGCUGGAUUCAUCUUGGCACAUCUUGGGCUCCUCCUUAUUAUACUUGGUUUUGUGAUGCCCAGGUAUUACGACAUUUUCGUACCUACAGACCGAAGAGAUGAAGUCUUGAAGGUGACUCAAGCGAACCAACCACCAGAAGAAAUGUCCGAAGCCGUCACAAACGACGUGACCAAAGACACACCAGCUGUAUAG